CAAAAUAAACAAAGGCCAUUUUUUGGUCCGUUUUGUCAUUAGAAUUGCAUGUUUCUCUUUCCCUAUUUGUUUUGUGAACUGCUACUGAUAGUUAAUUACCGAUAGUUAGAAUAAUACGUAGGUCAACGAACCAGAGUGGCGCUGUUUUGUUUCUCGAAACAAUUCUGAACAGGACGUCAUCGCUGAACAAUCUUAUCGAGUUGAUUUGUCACGUGGACUUGAGAACAAUGGAACCUCAAGUUGAUGUAACUGUUCAUAAGUGUAUGGUUUGUGACAGUAUUUUUCAACAAUAUGAUGAUUUAGAAAACCACAAUAGAGUCCAUGUUAAAGAAGAAAACGGACAUCAAUCUGACCUCGAUCAAAAUUAUAAUAUGUAUUUUGAAGAGAUGACUCAAAACAAAACUUCUGAGAAAAAUACGCCAAAUAAUACGCCUGAGGUUCCCACUAAAAAACGACUGAAGAAAACAUUCCAUUGUGAUGUAUGCGGGAAAGUUUUCAAUAGAAGCAGUAAUCUAAAAGCACAUGUCUCAACUCACUCCGGGGAGAAACCAUUUAAGUGUGAAGUAUGUGACAAACCUUUUAAUAAAAAACAUCAUCUACAGAACCAUAUGAAAUCCCAUACGGGUGAAAAACCUUAUAGAUGUGAUGUUUGUGGUAAAUCAUACCGUGAAAGCUGUAUUCUCAAACGACACCUGAUAAUUCAUACAGGUCAAAAACCUCACAAAUGUAAUACUUGUGGUAAAUCAUUUAAUGACAAAGGUAAUUUGUUAAAACAUGGAAAAACCCACACAGGGGAAAAACCCUAUGAGUGUGGGCUGUGUGGGAAAGCAUUUUGUCAGAGUAGUGAUCUUCAGAUACACAUUAGAACCCAUACCGGCGAGAAACCAUACAAAUGUGGUCUUUGUCCUAAGUCUUAUAAUGACAACCGUGGACUUCAGAUACAUCUCAGGACUCACACAGGUGAAAAACCGUAUAAGUGUGAUGUUUGUGAUAAAUUGUUUAAUGCCAAGGGUAAUUAUCAGCGACACAGGAGAACCCAUACGGGUGAAAAACCUUUUAAGUGUGAUGUUUGUGGUAAAAUUUUUAACGAUAAAGGAAAUCAGAUUAGACACUUAAAACUACAUACGGAAGAAACAAAUUACGAAUUUAUGUGAUCAAACUUGGGAAUUGAAAUGGGAUUUACCAACUGGGAUAACGAAAACAGGGCCCUUAUUCAUGAAAACUUAAACUAAGAUACAAUCGAAAUUUUAAGAAAUACUGCAAUUCGAUUGGCUGACCAGUAAAAUCAAUUUGCAUAUAUCCAAUGAAGUUGCAGUAUUUCUUUAAAUUUCGGUUGUAACUUAGUUUAAGUUUUCGUGAAUAAGGGCCCAGGCAUACAGCGACGUUACCAUCUACUCUUCUCUGCACCAGUGACAAGGGGGAAACCAUGCCAUGGGUAUACAAGUACACCGUACAGUGUGGCAAGAGGGAAAUUUGCCCGGACAGCAGUGCUACAGCCUACUCUUGUAUCGAAUUCAAACUGUCAAGGGUUCUUUUUUCAUCGUAUCGAAACCACUACACACUGUCCAUGUUUUUUGUCCUUCACCACAGACAAGGGGAAACCCAUGAGAGGAUACCAAGGAACUUUGUAGGUUAUGAAGCCACCACGUCUUCCUUGAAGUUACAGUAUAUCAGUAUAUACACAAUGUUUACUGUAAAUAAUUGUAAAAUUGAUUAAUAAUAAAGAUAUUUAAUCCAGUAUAACAAGAAUAAAUUGAUCAAUUACUGAAUUUGGUUAUGCAUGUACCAUCUACUUCAUACUUCGAGAAUAGAUCUCUGUCCUGAAUGUGGGGGUUGGAUGGCUGAAUGGUUAGCAUGCGCGCGCUGUAUCAUAAAGUCUGUCAUUGAGUCGACUGGCGUGGUUUCGAAUCCCCGGUUGUACGUGACAAGGAGUAGGGUCGCCUGUCCAACCUCGUGGGUUUUCUCUAGGUCCUCCGGUUUCCUCCCACUGCUAAAGACCCCUACGCGCAAGCGAAUUAUUGAAAUAAAAUUAAACCAUAUGUUAGUCCCGAAAUGACCUAAUUUGUGUCGAGUGUACGUUAAACCCCAUUUCUCUCUCU